UGAUAGCCCUUGGAACCAGUACAUUGGCAUUUCAUUGGGGGAGGGGAGGGUGUCUGUGUUUAAUUCCAAGAGGGGCCACAUGGCUUACUAAAAGUAGUUUUGAAACCCUAAAAUAAUUGCUAUCACUGCUCAUGGGCCUGUUUGAUGGCUGCUUCAUCUGCAUCAUGGCGCCCAUCGCCUUUGAGCUGGUCGGCCCACAGGACGUGUCCCAGGCCAUCGGCUUCCUGUUGGGCAUGAUGUCCGUGCCCAUGACCGUAGGGCCACCCAUCGCAGGUUACCUGAGGGACCGGCUGAUGAGCUACGACGUGGCCUUCUACCUGGCAGGUAUCCCCCCCCUCAUCGGCGGGGCCAUGCUGUGCCUCAUCCCCUGGGUGGAGCGCUGGCGUAAGGCCCGCCUGGCCAAAGAGGCUAAGGAGAGUCCGCAGAAGAUGCUGGAGAAGAGGAGCAGCAGCGGAGGCCAGGGAGAUGUGAGGAGCCCGAGUCUGCCAUCUAACACACGUCUGUGUUCCGCCAAGAAAUCACACACACGGACACACACACUGACAUAUAUACAUAUACAUAUACAUACAUACAUAUGUGUAUGUUUGAUUAUGAAUAUGUAUAUAUAUGUAUAGACACGGGGCAUUCUUAAGAGUGAAAGGCUGUAUGGUUUUAUAUAAUGCCAAGCAUGAGUGAUUUGUGUUUACCAGUGUAUGCCUACUCAGUGUAUUUGAGGGAGAAAGAAACGUCUUUAAGCACCAAAACAUAUCAACGAAAAAGCCGAAGUGUGCAUUGUUAAUAUGAAUGUGAUCUUUGUGAGCUAUGCAUAGGACCGUGGUUUUCUAUCAAUCUUCCAACUGUCGAAUGACCUUGAGGUUGUAAGGUGGAAAUGAGAAAAACUUUAAUUUUUUUACAAGGGAAGAAUACAUUCUUUACCAAGGUGCUUUUUAAAUGUUUAACAAGCGCUUAUCUGACCAUGGAAAUGGCACGUCCUUGGCUGAGAAGCAUUGGCCUUUGAGUUGUAUGAGGUGAAUAAUGCUGUAACUGGCACGAGCCUCGCUUUAGUUUCUAUAUUUAAUGAAUUUUACUAUCCCUAAAUGUCAUUUUUAUGAAAUAGUGCAUGCUUAGGUUCUAAAAAAAAAAAAGCUUUAAAGAAUUAAAGAAUUGACUUAAAAAUGUAGCCAAAGAAAUUGACCUGCAAUUCCCUCCGGUUACAGGUCUGAAGUGCUAACCAGUAGGCCACGGCUGCCCAGACCUGGUGCAUGUAUUCAUUGAUGCGCUUGGUUUGAUUGGUUGACCACUAAAGGUGUGUUCAUACAGCUAUCCUUUGACGUUUAUUAAAGGACAUCCUCUUAUUGUUUUUUUUCUUUUUCAGCAGUUUUAAUAUUGAUUUGUUGUAUUCCAUACACAAUGCAAGUGUUGGCAAACUGCAAAAUACAAACGUUUGUAAAAAAGUAAUGUAAUUUCUCUACCCUGGCCCUUGUGUUUGAUUCAAUGUCCCACUGAACUAUUUCAGUAUUUGACAUCAUUGUUAUGUUCAGAAUGUGAAUUAUUGUGUCAUACUUUGGUUUAGCCAGUGCAGAAACAGAAAUUAAUUGAUCUAGGUGUUCUCUGUUGUUUUUGUUAUGUUUUUUUGUUGUGUGAUUGAAAUCAAACUGCGCAUUCUCUUCCUCCACACAUUUUCAGCUGCUUUUGAAAGUAUUAGAAAUGUAUUUUGAAUAUUUAUCCAAUAUAUAAAUCUACACCAGAGUACCUUAUCCAUUUUAGUAUUUAGUUUCAAGGUUUUUACUGAAAUAUUUUGGGAUGGCUGCCUGUAUAUGUAUGAAUUCAUUAGUCAAGCCCCAAAAUGAUCACCCAGAAUAAAAUGACUUGAGUACCUUGAAUUCAUAUGAAGACCUGUACCUGUAAUAGCUAAAGUGAUCUCAGAUUUGGGUCAUCCCCAUCUGUUUAAUUUAUAUCAUUAAAAUCAUUCUGAAUUGUGUUGCAGUGGGAGAAUAUGUUCAUUCAUUUUUGACAGAAGGAUGCUUUACCCCCUUCUUUCAUCUCUGUGAUGCAAAUGAAACUGGAUGAUACAUUUGGAAGUAAUAAGGCCAAAAAAUUGAAUAUUGUCAAGUUGACUAGAGGAAAACACUAGAAAUAGUAGACAUCACUGAAAUUGUGGUCACACUGAAAAAUAAAUGACAGUAUCCUUUGUGUACCAUCACACUUACUGUGUGCUUACGUAUGUCAUUGGGU